AUGGCGAGUAAAUCCGGUAUAGCAAUGUUAAAAAAUGAAAGAAAACGAUCUAGUCAGGCAGUAGAUGCACCUCCAACGACUGAAGAAUGUUCAAUAUGUCUCAACGACUUUAAAAAUCAAGAAGUUGGAAUGCCAGAAGGAUGUCAACAUAUGUUCUGUUUCACUUGUCUUUUCAAUUGGAGUACAGAAAAGCAAACAUGUCCACUUGAUCGUGAACCAUUUGAGUACAUUCUAAAGAAGGAGUCACAUUCCUGUUUAAAGCCAUAUGCCCGAGUCAACGCAAAGGAUGGCAAAUUAGAAGCCUUGAUAGAUGUUGUAGUCAAUGCAAUACUAGGUAAGUGUGUAGUACAUAUACUAAAAACAGAGAUUUGCAUUUCGCAUCGUAGUUAUCAUCCGUUUUGUUUGAAUUCAUCGAAUACAGAAGCAUGGACGUGUCCAUCAUGUGGGCAUACUCAUGGAAAAAAACUCCGUAUUACUAGUGGCGCCCAACAACGAGCUAUUGAUGCUAUCAGAUCACAUCGUACCGCGCGAAAUAAAAACUCUCCACAAUCUACUGUUCCACGAAGUCAAGUCCGAUUCAUGUCAGCACUGAAACAACAUCGACGAAAGCUGAGUUAUCUUCCAUCAAAAGUGCCUGUUGCUCGGUUACCGCGAAUCAAACGGCGAAUCGAUGCUCCAUCGCGACCACAGAUAGUGAUUCCAAAAGCCAAACUUUCAGCGAAUGCUUCUUUCAUUGACCAGCUACUUUAUGCUCAAAAUAAUCUUCGGACAUUAGAAAACGUCCAAAUGCACGGAGUGCACAACUGCACAGAGGAUGAUUUACAUGAAGAGGAGAAGCCUUUAUCCUUAACAUUAACUUUACAAAUGAACAAGCAGUAUUUACGGCAAACGGACGGUCAUCAAUCAUGUCAUACCUUACUUCGGAAGGGUCUGACUCAUUCUGCGACUCCUGUGACAUUACCUAAUUCUAGUAAGGUUCAAUCAACCGCGUGUCAAACAUCUGAUGAAUUACCAACUAUGUUGAACUUGCGUGACGACGAAAUCCAAACUCUGUGCAAAAUUUCCGCUGCAAUCGAUCAAAUCAUUUACACUUCUUCCACGAACAAAAUGGACAAUUCAAGGUUACCGCUAAUGGAACGAAUGAAAAGAAGUCAACACUCUAGUAGUCCUAUGUCAAUACAUUUUCAGAAACAAGAACGUUAUCAACGUCAGAGACAGAUUAUUGAUGUUACUAAACAAGAAUUGAAACCCAUAUACAAACAACGUCUUAUAACGAAGGCAGAAUAUAAAAAAAUAAUGAAAAGAGUGGUUGACAAAGCAACUUACGCGAAAAAAAACGAUCAUAAAUGGAUCAAGAGAAUGAUUGACGCAUAUGUGAAUAUUUAUCGAAAAGAUUAG